UACUUCUCGGCCCAGCUUAACUCUCUCGGUCUCUCCCCAUCAGCGCCUCCAUACGAAAAAACAAUUUAAAUAAAUUAAAACCAAAAACUGAUUAAAACUAAAAAAAAAAAAAAAAUUCAAUUUGCUGAAAUUUCUGGGAAUCUUUAGAACCCUGAAAUUCUCCGCUUCUUCGUCAAGCUUCUCAUAGCCAGCGGUUUCUUAAAUCCGUUUGUUCGGGCUAACUGGUAGUUAAUGUAGUGGCACCACCUUGCUUAUACAUAUUAACCCUACAAUGGUGGUUGCUGGUUCCCUGCAAUUGUCCCAUGACUUGGGACUUUGCAGGAACCAGGGGUACAAAAAACGAAUCAAGAAUGUAAUGGGAAGAGGCAACCUACAUUUAUUGACUGCAACUCCCACAUCAAGUGUUUCGUUUAGGCUACAAGAUCCCUGGAGAAUUCAUCUCUCUGUCAGUCCAUACCGGCCAAUACAUUCUGUAUGUGAUAGAAGUAGUGGUAUUAGGUGCCAUUUUUCUUCUUUACCAGGCCAAGCAUGUCAGUACGUGAAAGCUGCUUCAACGGCAAUCACAAAGUCAUAUAAUGUUCUACAAGGUAGUCCUUUUGUACUUCAGUUACUUCCUGCGAUUGGUGUUAUUGCUUUUGCCGUAUGGGGUCUUGGGCCACUUGUACGUCAUAGCAGAAAUAUACUCCUCCAUAAGAAUGAUAAUAAUUGGAAAAAGAGUAGAACACACUAUGUCAUGACGUCUUAUAUUCAGCCGUUAUUGCUAUGGUCUGGAGCACUACUCAUUUGCAGAACACUGGAUCCAGUAGUUUUACCUACAGAAGCGAGUCAGGUUGUUAAGCUACGACUUUUGAACUUUAUAAGAUCAUUGUCAACUGUGCUAGCCUUUGCCUACUGUUUAUCGAGUGUGAUUCAGCAGGCACAGAAAUUCUUCAUGGAGACUAGUGAGUCCAGUGAUACAAGAAGUAUGGGUUUCCAGUUUGCAGGGAAAGCUGUGUACUCUGCAGUAUGGGUUGCUUCUAUUUCAUUGUUCAUGGAGUUGCUCGGCUUCUCUACCCAAAAGUGGCUUACGGCUGGAGGUCUCGGGACUGUAUUGCUGACUCUUGCUGGUCGUGAGAUAUUCACAAAUUUUCUCUCAAGUGCUAUGAUUCAUGCAACUCGACCUUUUGUUGUGAACGAAUGGAUACAAACAAAGAUUGAAGGCUAUGAGGUGUCUGGUACUGUCGAGCAUGUGGGUUGGUGGUCACCAACAAUUAUAAGGGGUGAAGAUCGUGAAGCUGUUCAUAUCCCAAAUCACAAGUUCACUGUAAAUGUUGUGAGAAAUCUUACUCAGAAAAGUCAUUGGCGUAUUAAAACUCACCUAGCCAUUAGCCACUUUGAUGUUCAUAAAAUUAAUAAUAUUGUUGCCGACAUGCGCAAAGUCUUGGCCAAGAAUCCUCAAGUUGAGCAGCAGAGGUUGCAUAGAAGAGUAUUUCUGGACUGUAUAAAUUCUGAAAAUCAAGCUCUUCUGAUCUUGGUGUCUUGUUUUGUGAAGACCUCACAUUACGAAGAGUAUCUUUGUGUCAAGGAAGCUAUACUGUUGGAUCUCCUUAGAGUUAUCAGCCAUCACAGAGCCCGACUUGCUACACCAAUCCGCACAGUGCAGAAAAUAUUUAGUGAUGCUGAUUUGGAAAAUAUCCCAUUUGCAGAUUCCAUCUACAACCGUGGUGGUGUGGCAUCUAAUCGUCCUUUGCUGCUAAUUGAGCCGUCGUACAAAAUUAAUGGAGAAGAUAAAACAAAAUCUCAAACUCGUCCACCACGCUCAAGUGGAGGGCAAGAUGGUAAGACCCUGCUGCCAACACCUGACAUCAGAACAGAUUCUAAGGUUGGAGGUGCUCCGAAAUCUGACUCCAAGGCAGAUGCGAAGAUUGCUGAAACACCAAAUCCUGACACUAGGGAGGACCAAAAUGGUGCGGCUGCGGCAGCAUCCAACCCUGAUCCCAAGGUUGGUGAUAAAGUAAUCAAAUCAACGUCAAAAUCUGUACCCAAGACAAACUCUAAGGUAGCAGAAAUGUCAAGUUCUGGAUCCAAAGUUCCUGGCUCAGUGUCUGAUAAUUCAACCAAAGACAAAAAGAUAUCUGAAAGCAAGCAACCUAAAAUUGGAAAUCCUGGGAAUGUAAUACAGAAUGGCAAGACAGAAAAUCCUUCGGUUUCCUCAUCAGAGACCAGUGCAGACAAAGGAGGUGGAUUACAAGAGUCAAAGCAGGAAGGUGAUAAGUUGCAGGUCACACAACAACCUACAUCAAGGCCUACUUUGGAAGAAAAUAUAGUUCUUGGUGUUGCAUUGGAGGGCUCCAAAAGAACCCUUCCGAUAGAGGAAGAUAUGGUUUCUCCCCAAACAACAGAGAUGAAGGAAAUGGCUGGUGCGUGCUGGAAUGGAAACGGAUCUUCAACUAAUGAGAAGGAAAGGAAAGAUGGUCAAACUCCAUCCAGUCCCAGUGCAACAUCCGGUGUUGGUGGGAUCAGUUAAGAGUAGUUGCAGAUAUUUUACUUGCUGAAGCUGUGUUUUUUCUUCUCAAGCUGUCAUACACUGUAAAUGAUCUCGGUAUAUUCUUCAUUAUUAGUCUCUACUAAUGUCUAAACCACUUCACAAUGUACUGGUUGUGAAAUUGGUGAGCUUAUGGU